AUGUUUAAAACAGCUAAGGGCUUCUUGAAAGAGGACUUGUUGUUUGUAGCAGAAGAAAUUGGAGAGACACUGCCUGAUAAGGUAAAAAUUUCUGAACUGAAAGAUAUUAUUUUGAAUAGCAAAGAGUAUUUGGAUGAUCCAGACUUUGUGACAAAUAUUUUAGUAACGGCCGUGAGCCAGCGAAAACUAAAAGAAGAACAAAAACAAAAGCAAACAGAAUACGAAGAAAGUGGAAAAAUAAGAGAACACGAACUGGAAUUGGCGAGAAUCAGAGCAACGUUGCCAAUUACAGGUGAGUCUCAAAAUACUGUUAUAUCUGGUGCUAAAAAGAAAUUUAAUCUGCCAAAAUUAGAAUUUAGACAGUUUAAUGGCGAUAUUAAAGAUUGGCUACAAUUUUGGAGCCAAUUUCAACACAUUCAUAACGAUGAUGAAAUCGCGCCUGAGAACAAAUUUCAAUAUCUUGUGCAAGCUACUGUAAAUGGAUCACGAGCCCGAGAAGUAGUAGAAAGCUUCCCGGCAACAGCAGCCAAUUAUGCCAAAGCAGUUGAAAGUUUAAAAGCACGAUUUGGGAGAGAUGAACUAUUAGUAGAAGUUUAUGUUCGGGAAUUAUUGAAGUUGAUAAUCUCAGUUCAGAAACAUGAGAAAAUAUCGAUGACAUCUCUCUAUGAUAAACUCGAAUCUUAUCUGAGAGCCUUAGAGACUUUAGGAGUGACUACUGAUAAGUGUGCUUCAAUUCUUUAUCCCAUGGUGGAGUCUUGUUUUCAAGAGGACUUUUUGAAAGCAUGGAAUAGAAGUGCUUCUUCGGCAGUCUCAACUGAUGCUAAAGACCGUUUAACCAACUUGAUGACUUUUCUUAAAGCAGAAACGGAGGGCGAAGAAAGAAUUAAUUUGGCUAUGGCUGGUUUUGGCUUGGGUGCAGAUGAAAAUCGCCAAUCAUUUAAGAAAAAAGUAAGAGAUUUUCCAAUGAAAAAGGUACCUACAGCUGCCAAUUUAUUGACUACAACUUCAAAAGAAGUGAAGAAAGAAUGUGUUUUCUGUACUGGGAAACACUCGAGCCCAGACUGUUUUCAAGCUCAGAAGAUGAGUUUGGCUGAAAGGUAUAAUAUUUUAAGAGAGAAGCAAUGUUGUUUUGCUUGCUUAACACCAAAGCAUACAUCUCGUUCCUGUAAGGCAUUUUUAAGAUGUGUAAUAUGUGGGAAAAAGCAUGUCCCACUUAUGUGUGAGUCUCUAGAGGCUAAGAAUCAAGAUUCAUUCAAGAGUGAGAAUAAGAGUCCAAAUGUUGAAGUUAAUAUGGCCAACAACACUUCUAGUCCCAGGGUGUUCCUCCAAACGUUGAAAUUAAAAAUGGUGUGUGGUAACAAAGAAAUCCCAGUUAGGGCAAUUCUAGAUUCUGGGUCACAAAAGACUUAUGUAUUAAAGAAUGUUGUUGAGAAAAUGGGAUAUAUCCCACUCAGAAAGGAAAUUCUGAUGCACUCAUUGUUUGGGGGCAUUAAAUCUGACAAGUGCGAACAUAAUUGCUAUAGGAUAAAACUGAGAAAUCAAGACAACAGUGUUACAUGCAACCUGGAAGCAUUAGACCAGCCAUCUAUAUGUGACAAAAUUUCAUCAGUCACUCCAGGUUCAUGGAUUACAGAGCUCCGUGAGAUGAAGAUCAGGCUAUCAGAUGUAGGGGAGGAGCCACAAUCUGUUCAAGUGCUUCUUGGUUCAGAUGUGAUAGGGAAGCUCAUGACUGGCCAGCGUAGAGUUCUAUCCUGUGGGCUUGUUGCCAUGGAGACACUACUUGGCUGGACUCUGUCAGGUAAAGUUCCUGAGAAUGAGAUGUCGUCAUUAUGCAAUGCUAUGCUGGUGGCCUCCCUAUUUGUGAAAGAGAUGGAUAUCUCCCAAUUAUGGAGAUUAGAUUCCUUGGGGAUCCAAGAUCCUUCAGAACAAAAAACCAAAGAGGAGCUUCAUAAAGCGUCGAUGGAGCACUUCUUAAGAACUGUCAAGGUCGAUGAAGAAGAGCGAUUCCUUGUCUCCCUACCUUGGCUUGACGGUCAUUUGCCUCUUCCAGACAACUUCAAUUUGGCACUCAAAGGGUUGCAAGUGACAACCCAUAAGCUGAAGAAGGAAAACUUAUUUCAAGAAUACGGUGAUGUCUUUAAAGAAUGGGAACGAGAAGGCAUAAUUGAAGAAGUUCCCCAAGAGGAAAUAAAGUCCGCUUGUCACUAUCUGCCCCAUCGACAUGUGGUGAAGCCGAACAGCACUACGAAAAUUAGGCCCGUCUUUAACGCUUCAUCAAAACAAAAGGGAGCGGUCAGCCUCAAUGACUGUUUGGAAAAGGGAUUAAACUUGAUUGAAUUGAUCCCUUCCAUGUUAACAAGGUUUCGACUGUAUAGGUUUGGCAUUUCGGCUGAUAUACGGAAGGCCUUCUUACAAAUAAGUCUAUAUAAGGAGGAUCGAAAUUUCCUGCGAUUUUUGUGGCACAGUGAAGAAGGAGAACUCAUACAUUACCGACAUUGCCGAGUGGUGUUUGGUGUUUCCAGCAGCCCUUUCUUGCUUGGGUCAACAAUCCAAUACCACUUGGAGAGAAAGUUGGAAGAAGCGCAGCAAGGCCGUGGAAGAUACCCUGAGUGCAUUAUUCAAAAGUUGAUGAACAGCUUUUACGUGGACAAUUGUUUAGCAAGCGUCAAAACCCAGUCGGAGCUAGAACGAUUUAUUGAUGUAGCCACGGAGAUCAUGGCUGAAAGAAAAUUUGACUUACGAGGGUGGGAGCACUCUAGCCCAUCUGAUCCAAUACCAAGUCCUACAAUCAUCCUGGGAACGAUUUGGGACAGACAUUGUGAUACUCUUUCAAUAAAUAUUCCUGAUUUGAGAGAACUAAUGGAAGAGGUAAUCACGAAAAGAAAUAUUCUUGCUGCUUCCCACAAAGUGUUUGAUCCCUUGGGGAUUACCAGUCCAGUGUUGCUACUACCAAAACUCUGGCUACAAAAUUUGUGGAAAUCUAAAAUCGGUUGGGAUGAAGAAGUAGAUCUAAAAACACGUCAAGAUUUUCUGAAGUGGCUAAUGGAGCUGGAAUAUUUGAAGCAUGUUAAAGUACCAAGGUGGUUACACUGUGAUAGCGGAUUUGAGCAUAUUUCAUUGCAUUUUUUUUGCGACGCAAGCAAACUAGCCUAUUCUGCGGUUGUUUUCCUACGAGUUGAUAGUGGAAACUCUGUACACAUACAACUGGUGCAGAGUAAAACUAGAAUUGCACCUUGUGGGAAAAAGGAAACAACUAUUGCAAGGCUGGAACUUCUUGGUGCUGCUAUAUCUGCUCGUCUUUCUUCCACUGUCUUGAAAGAGUUUCCAACAGACAAUGUUUAUUUCUGGACAGACUCUACUACUGUGCUGGCUUGGUUGAAGAGAGAAGAACCGUGGGGUGUAUUUGUUUACAACCGUGUUCAAGAAAUUCGGAAGCUGACACCAGUCAAAGCUUGGAGACACGUUCCUGGAUCACUGAAUCCAGCGGACUGUCCGAGUAGAGGGUGUUCAGCGAAGCAGCUUUGCAGUUCGAAAUGGUGGGAAGGUCCCAGUUGGUUGUAUCUUUCGUCUCAUGAAUGGCCUGUUAGUGAUGUUGUAGUAGAUGUCAAUGAGGAAGAAGUGAAUAAAGAGAGAAGAGCUAUCGUGACCUCUAUGGUGAAUAUUCAAACAACAGAUAUAAAGAGUGAAUAUUUUUCCACCUAUAGUAGAAACAUCAGAGUAGUGGCAUGGAUUCUACGUUUUAUUCAUAACGUUUCAAAUGCAACCAAGCUAAAAGGAAGCUUAGUCUAUGAAGAAUUCAGACAAGCAGAGAUUUUGUGUUUCAAGUCCAUGCAGUCAAAUGCCUUUCAAGAUGAGAAAUUUCUUGCUAAAAUGCAAGCAUUUAAAGAUGAAGAUGGGCUUCUGAGAAUAAGAACCAAACUAGCAGAUAGUUGUGAGAAGGAAGAUUUCAAGUUCCCAAUUCUCUUACCUGCCAAUGAUAUUGUAGUAAAAUUAAUUCGUGAGGAGCAUAUAAAAGCAAUGCAUGCAGGCUCUUCAAUAUUACUUGCCCGGCUUAGAGAGAAAUUUUGGAUAAUUAGAGCCAAAAGAUUAGUUAAGCAGGUUCUUUCUGAGUGUGUGAUUUGCAAGCGUUAUAAAGCUAAACAUCUUGAAGUACCCUUCGCUCCACUGCCUAAAGAUAGAGUUACUCAGACAAAGGUAUUUGAAGUAACAGGUGUAGACUAUGCAGGUCCUCUUUAUCUUAAGUCGAAAGGAAAGGCCUGGAUUGUUUUAUUUACUUGUGCUGUCUACAGAGCAGUGCAUUUUGAAUUAGUCCGAUCACUCACUACUGAUACUUUUAUUCAAGCCUUAAGAAGGUUCAUUGCAAGAAGAGGCAGGAUUUCAGUACUUUACAGUGACAACGGUACUAAUUUCGUAGGGACAAAUAAUGCGUUGCGAGCAUUAGAUUGGGAUAAAAUUUCUGUGUACUCAACUGCUCAGAAAAUCACUUGGAAAUUUAUCCCACCCACAGCAGCCUGGUGGGGUGGAUGGUGGGAGCGUAUUGUGAGAAUGCUCAAAGAGCUUUUACGUCGAGUAUUAGGAAAAUCUAUUAUAAAUUAUGAAGAACUCCUAACCAUCUUAUGUGACUGUGAGUCCAUAAUCAAUGCUAGACCGUUGACAUACAUACAAGAUGAUCCAAAUGAAUUGCUACCUUUGACUCCAGCCAUGUUUAUUCACGGAAACAGCAACUAUGAAACGCCAGAUUUAGAUAAAGUAGAUCGAUCUUCGUUGGUAAAGCGCACCAAAUAUUUGCAGAAGUUGCGUGAAGAUCUUAGACAAAGAUUUAGAAAUGAAUAUCUUGCUCUUCUGGUCCACAGAGGGACAAGGAAAAGUGAUGUUUUAGAAGUGGGCGAUGUUGUACUGAUUGGUCAUGACAAUAUUCGACGCAUUGACUGGCCUCUUGGUGUUAUCUUGGAGGUUUAUCCUGGCAAAGAUGGUGUCCCUAGAGUAGCGAGAAUUAGAACCUCCCAUGGUGAGAGGUUCCGUCCCUUCCAAAGGCUUUAUCCAUUGGAAGUGUCAGCAAAAACUGAAAUUGAUGUUUUGAAGACCUCAGGAAAAAGUGGCUUAUCUAUUGAGAAGACUCCUGAUUUACCUACUGACCAUGUUCCUGAUUCACCUACUGACCAUGUUCCUGAUUCACCUGCUGAUCAUGUUCCUGAUUUACCUGCUGAGCAGGUUCCCAAUUCUCCUGUUGAAAGGACUGAUAUUUCUGAGGAGAUACACCAUACUAAAACCAGAUUUCACGAGGAAUUAAGUAUUAUAAAUUUCAAUUUGUUUAUAUUGCAAAGUUCAGUUUGUAACCCAUCACUUUGCAAGGUGGGAGUAUGUAACAUGUUGUAA